GGCGCUGGUCGAACGGUCAGCCAGAUGGAGCUGUGUUGUUGCAUUUAAGCUUUAUUGUUGUUGUUUUGGUCUAGCAAACAAACGUAAUUCAUAGUUUCCCAAUUGCAGGUUUAAGAAGGCACCACCCCAGUUCCGCGUUCAGCUCUAAGAUAGUUUAAAAGCGGGAAACCGCCGAUCAGAACAACGCCCCUUAUCAAUAGGGUAAACACGUUAAUCUAAACAGUGGGUGCAGUGCAGCGACAGUUGGUUUUGUUAUUUCUUAUCUCCACUUUGCGAGGAAUACAAUGAGCCAGACGACGGAGGCAGCCAAAACGGAGGUGGACGAGGCGAAGGCUGCUCUGAGCGCGAAGCAGCAGCUGGAGACCUACCGAGUAUACGUGGUCACUUGGAAUGUGGGCAGCCGCUUCCCAGACAACAUCUCCCUUCGACAGCUGCUGGGUCUGCACGACGUAGGCGCCGAGGAGUCGGAAGAAGAGAAGGCCCAUCUGCCGGACAUCUAUGCCCUGGGCUUGCAGGAGGUGAACGCCCAGCCGCAGCAACAGGUGCUUGGUCUGUUCAAGGAGGAUCCCUGGACACACAAGGCCAAGGAGCUGCUGCGCAACUACGACUAUGUGGCCAUUAAAACGGAGCAGAUGCAGGGCCUGCUGCUGAGCAUGUUCGUCCGACGGAAGCAUGUGGAACACCUUCACGACAUUGAGGCGGAGUUCACGCGUACUGGGUUCGGUGGCAUUUGGGGCAACAAAGGAGCGGUUAGUAUCAGGUUUACCCUCUACGGAUGCGGUUUGGCCUUUGUGGUUGCCCAUUUGGCAGCCCACGAUCACCAGUUGGACGAACGCAUCGAGGACUAUCGUCAGAUUCUCGAGAACCACCACUACCACGUCAAGCGCUAUCGAGAGAUCUACGACCACGACUAUGUGUUUUGGUUUGGUGACCUCAACUUCCGGCUGGAGGGCAGCGACUCCGCCUCCGAAGUGCGGCAGCUGGUGAGCGACGAGGCCCAGCACGAGGCUCUGAUGAAACGGGACCAACUGUACCAUGUGCGCGAGCAGACCCAGCAGGCCUUCCAGGUUUUGCAAGAGCGACUGCCCGCCUUUCCGCCCACCUUCAAGUUCCGGGAGGGGAGCUCGGAGUACGAUCUAAAGCGAAGACCAGCUUGGACGGAUCGCAUAAUGUACGCCGUGCAGCCCCUUAACAGGCAGCCUGGAAUGCAGCUGUCUAUUGAGCAGUCCUCGUACAAAUCGCACCCCGUCUACACCAUCAGCGACCACAAGCCAGUGACCAGUGACUUUAAGGUGAAGCUCUAUCCGAGCGUAAGAGUGCCGGGUGUGGUUUUCUCGUCGAUAACGGUUUGGAAGAUUGGGGACGAGAAUACCGUGGAGUACAAGAAGCAGGCGGAGUUCGAGGAGGGUCCCAACGAUUGGAUCGGCAUCUAUCCCCUGGAGUACGCCAGUUUGGCGGACUACGCCGCCUACGAGUACGUGAAUCAGGCAGAGUCCCCCACGUCCUCGGAUUCCAACCAUGAGCCGGACCCAUUCGACACUCCGGCUACUCACAGGCGGGGUAGACACCACCACAGAAAUCGCCAGAGGCUAAGGCGGCACCAGGAAGCCAAUUCGCAGGAGCAGGUGCGCCUGGACUUUGCCGACGACGUGGAACUGCGACAUGGCGAGCAGUAUUUGCUGAUCUACUUCCGCAGCACUGGCAUUCGAGGAGUAACCAGUCUGGCCGGCAUUAGCAACGCAUUCGUGGCUGAGAAGCGGCGCGGAUCGCCGCAUAGGACGGAGUACCAUGUCGACUAGCUGGCGGAGGCGCUCGACAUCUUCAUUCUCUAGUUUCCAGUCCAGUGUGUCUAAUUUUAACCUGUUAAGUUUGAUUGUUGCCUUUUUAUUUAAAACACUCCGUAUGUGCAAUUAUACAACUAUACCCAUUA